GUACUGACACUUCCAUUUUUUCCAAAUGAGGGGCCCGCCUUAAAUAUUACUCAGCAAAAAGCGGCAACAUGAAUUCGGGGUAAUUUGAUUGGAACAAAGGUGUGCGGAGACAAAGUGACCACCUUUUUUUUUUUGUGCCCCUUACUCUCCUUGCCUGCUCCAUGAGUUGGCUUUUGCCUUUGUUGAACCCUUUUAACACACACAAUGCAAGCGUUCACCGUGGUCAAAAGAUUAGCCUCCAAACCCAACACUUUGAACAACUAACAACUACGCGGUAUGUUAAAUUAGCUCGAAAAGAAGUUGGCGCCACUGCGACGAAUACAACAAAAACGACUACGUUAAAACCUAAAACGGUCAAGUCGAGCACGAAAGCAACAACGGCAGAAACCAAAGCACAAACGUCUGCUUCAGACAGUGUGACAUCGGCCGAGAUCAAAAAAGCAGCAGCAGCGGUACCUGCAUUAGCGAAUGCCGUUCAUGCGGAUCACUUUGCCACGACGCAACAGUUUGAUGCUGCAUUUGACGAUAACACAAAGGAAAAUGCUAUUGACUGGUCUACUUCUUAUCACGGCCUUUCGACUGUCCGUUUUUCAAAAGAGGCCACGGAUAUUUUACUUGAACCUGUCAAUCCAGAAGAUAUUGAAAUUAAGCCCGAUGGUCUCUUAUACCUUCCCGAAAUCAAAUAUAGACGCAUCUUAAAUCGAGCUUUUGGACCAGGAGGAUGGGGUUUAGCGCCGCGCGGCGAACAUACGAUUUCACCCAAGAAUAUCUCGCGGGAGUACGCAUUGAUCUGUAACGGACGAUUUGUGUCACAAGCAAGAGGAGAGCAGGACUUUUUUGAUGUCUCUGGAUUACCAACGGCGUCUGAAGGUUGCAAAAGUAAUGCUUUGAUGCGCUGUUGCAAAGAUUUAGGGAUCGCUUCAGAGUUGUGGGAUCCAGUCUUUAUACGAAAAUUCAAAAAGAAAUAUUGUGUAGAAGUCUGGACAGAACAUGUCACUACAAAAAAGAGAAAGAAAUUAUGGAAAAAGAAAGAUGAUACACUAGAAUACCCAUACAAAGAAGUGUAAAGAAAGGGGAAUGAAGUCAUCCAGCAUCUCUGGACUGGUUUGAAGUGGAAACCACGUGCUUUUUGAGAA